AUGGCAGCUGUUCCUAGCAACAAUGCCUUUGGUGCUCAUGCGGUGAGCUGGAAUCUUUCGUUCCCAGCCGGCAACCUGACCGCCGCUGAGAUCCUCGCAUACGCUCCGCAUUGGCUCAAAUCCAUCGAUGUUAUCGAUCGGUUCAUCUGUCAUGGAGCGCAUACUAGGCACAUUGCCGCAAUCAUCAACGAGUUUAGACGCUUUCCGGAAGAUGGCAUUUUCAAGCCCAACUCGACAAUGAUCAUGAUGUCGUACUCCAUGCGUCGUGCAGGAUUCUUCAAGUGGUCGGUCGGCUCACAUUUACACUUUCCUCGGGAAUUCGCGCGACCAGACGAUGAUCUCGACGUAACAAACUUUCGUACGCCUCGUAUCACCCACCCCAAGGUCCUGACGACUAGCACGUCUCAAGACCUUGCAUCCAAUCGAGAGUAUCCGCCUGUGGACUUCAAGCUUCUGGCCAAGAACAUCAAGAAGCAUCCUUCUGGUAACGACGCACUCGAUCUCGCUCGCUGUGUACAGUACGCUCUCCAGCAUCCGGACGAGGUGUGGCUGUUUCCGACCGACUUCCAGCGCCUUAUCAUUCACCUUGGUGGGGCUGCUCCCGUCACUCCCGCUCACUUCGAUAGGCAGGCGUUUGCUCGACGCAACCAUAUCCGCUUCCCCGUUUCGAAGCCGGCGCUAAAGCAGUCGCCUGAGGACAACUCUGACACUGAGCUCAAGAUCAAGAUCGAGCGCUUCGACAACUCAACCACCUCUGGCACCAUGUCGCGCUCAGCUACAUCCAAGAAGCGCUCGGCCGAUAGCCUGGACAACAAGGAGACUGGAAACAAGCGCCGUAGCGGUCGUCUCGUCGGCAAGAACAUUAACUUUGCUGAAGACUCCGAGUUUGAUCUAUUGGACAAGGACUCGUUCGCAUCCCAGUCCGCCCCCGCCGCUAAGAAGCGCAAGGUCUCUCGUGCUCGUCGCUCAACCAACCCAGCUGCCGAUGACGAGGAUUUCAUCGCAGGCGAGACUGAGCCCGAUGAUGAUAUUGCCGACGAAGACGAUGGCGACUUGGAGGAGCCCUUGCCCCCGACUGGUUCGGUUCGUGGUCGUAAGGCUGCACAGAAGGCUCGCGCUGGUAUCAAGUCCGCUUUCGUGCCUGACCGCGCUCCCCAUGAGCUCACGCCGUUACACUACCAGGUCCCUUCAUCGCACUCGUGGCUCUCUGGGCCUCCUGCAUCCUCAUUUGGAUCCGCGUACGCCGAUACCAUGUUCACCGAGCAUGCCCCCGCUUACCUGCAGCCUCCUCUGCUUAACCCCAACCGCCUCAUCAUCAAUGAGUGGAACGUCAAGGACUUCUCGGAGCGCCAGUAUACUGAAUUCAAGGACAUGUAUGCUUCCAUCUACGACUACGCGCGCUUCUAUGGCCCUAGCCCGUUCGAGCCCUUCCGCGAGCUGCAUCUCGUGAGCGACCCGUAUCCCCAGGACGUCAACGACUUUGCCGAGAACAUCCGCUGGGCCAAGGAGCAGUGGGAGGCCUACGGUAGUGUCUGGACUGAGUUGCCUGAGCAUCUCCACCAGAUUACCGCGCAUCGCCUGCACACUGGCUGGAUCAGCAAGGAGGCCAUUGCCUUUGGUCACUUCUAA